AUGGACGCCCCCCCACCGCUGGCUGCGCAGGCUGCCAGUGGAGGUGUCUGUGAUCUUGCUUUGACAUUUUCGAGGCAAUCCGACAAGCGAAGGCCACAUGAGGGGAGCGUCGUAGGGGGGCAGGCUUUGACGUUUUCGCACGGCUCAUCGUCUCCUCGCCAGCUCCAAAAGCGGCAAGACUUGCCACGUCACAAGUCUUUUUCUUGCCCAGGUGAAGUCUCUGCCGAUUUUUCGCCGCAAAAGCCUCUUGCCGCCAGGCCCUUAUGCUCGUGGGAGGCAGGCAGCCUCUCGUCCCCCCUUCCCCCCUCGGAUGAAGUCUCCUCAACUCCUGCUGCUAAAAGGCAACACGCCUCCAGGCAGUCAGUAGCGGACUCUAUGUCGUGCCCAAGCAGCCUCCUUCAUACCGCUCCUCCUUCUCCUCCUCCUGCUGACAGGCAGGCUUUAGGGAGUCUCACUGCCCGCGAUCGCAGACUGCUCGCCACAGGAGGGGCCUCUGCAGACACUGUGACGGCUCAGGGAGUCGCAGACGCUGCAGCCGCAGCCUCUGCGUUGGCGAGUGCUGCGAAUGUCAGCGCAACGGGAGUCGAUCUCUUCGCCGUUGCCUUCAAAGUGCAGCACGACAGCCGUCUGUCUGCUCGACAGAGGCAAGUGGCGUCGCAGAGGGCAGUUGCUGCCGCUUUAGAGCAACAGCAACAGCGGUUUCGGGGUCGUAGUCGAAAGGGCAGGCUGCUGUGGGCUGCAGGGAGACAGCAGCUAGACGCAGCGACGGGCAGGAAGGCGUGGAAGCGGAGGGCAGAGAGCCGUCUGUACGAUGCCGCUGCCGUCAGACAAAGUCUGACUGCCCUUAAGGCGGCGAGGUUGUCGGGAAAUCCUCAGCGACUCGCGGGGGAGAUUGGCAAGGCUCUUCAGGGGCAUGCGCAGGCUGCUCUCAAAGAGGGACUGUAUAGUCGCACGUAUCUAGGAACGAAGGAUUUACUCGAAGAACUCCUCUCAGAGCUUCGUCUGGCCCUUGAGGACCUCACGCUGCACAUGCAGCAGCAACCGAAGCUGCGCCCGCUGCUGCAGCAUGCGAUUGUGAGUAUUCGGAGGCAGUGGAAGCAGACGGCCUUAGUUCUAAGUGGGGGUGCCAUGUUAGGGCUUCAUCAUUUUGGCCUCAUCGAGGCGCUUCUCUUCAAUAACGAGACGCAAGAAAAUCUGCUUCCUAAGGUGAUUGCCGGCUGCAGCGCGGGUGCAGCUGUUGCUGCAUGGCUCUGUACACGGACAGACGAUGAACUGCGAAAGGAGCUUCAAGAAGAUUACAUUCACCAGACGUUCAGGGGCCUCUCCCCCAACAGCUGGAUUGAGCG